AUGGCUUCACGCCUCGCUGUCCGGCGCUUCGCGCCCGCCGCCAGAACCCUCAGACCCUCCGCGCUCUCCCUGUCAAGAUCGUUUCAGACAUCUAGCAGACGUUUCCAGGAGGCUGUUGCAGCGCCGCCGGUGAAGAAGCCCAUUGGAGCUUUCCGAGGAGGGCUUUUCGGAUUCCUUCUCGGCUCAACUCUCGCCGGAGCAUCGGUUUACUACUAUAUCCUCGAGGAAUACAAGAUCUCCAACGAGCUCUUGACAGAAGAUAUCUAUGCACUUCAAGCGGCCGUGCAACGGAUCCACUCCUACGUAACAGAACUCGAGAACAGAAUGUCACAGAUCAAAAAAUAA